CGAAUUUGACACAAGAAAAGGAAAGAAAACAUACGUAGUAAUUAAGUGCAGUUAAACCGCUAAACUGCAGUUAAUCCGUUUUCAGUUCAUAUAGUUAGCGCUAACUAAAUAUGAGCUAAAGUUUGUGGAAACAUGGCGUUCAGGGUGUUAGCUAAGCUAAGCUACAUAAAUGCUAAUGUUAAAGUUAGCUUGCUUAAUUUGAGUUUAGUUAUAUGGUAACUAAGUUGUUCUCUCCCUGUGUGUGUGUGUGUGUGUGUGUGUGUGUGUUUGUAUGUGUGUAGUUCACUUUGCAACCGUUAGAGGGAAUUCUACAAACAUUUCCAUGGCAACUAAUGUGGAUUGUUGGUGAUGAUGAUGGAGGAAAACUGUUCUCUCCAAAGGAAUAUGAGGAGUACAAGAGGAAAGUGCUCCCUCAACGACUGAAAAACAGGCUGUAUGUGAGCUUUGGGGUUCCAGGAGGUAUCGACUGCAAACUCAUCGGUCCUGAGACACAGUGCUUCUGUACACAUAGGUACAAGCAACAUAAGACUGACUUUGAAGUGGUUCCCUCUGAGCGACCCCUGGCCCUACCAUGUCAGGUCAGAGGAUGUCAUUGUUCUGCUUACCAGCAUGUUCCCCAGAUUGGACCAAAUCCUGUCCGCUGCAGGUGUAAACACUUUCCUCAGGAUCACAGUGAAGCUACUGGCCACUUGUGCAAAAAGUGCAGUUCCUGUUCUGGGUUUAAGAGCACAUUCAGCUGUAGGUGUGGCCAGCCUAGCUCUUCCCAUCAGACCCUGGUUGAGACAAAACUAGAGAGGGAGGCACGUGGUCAGCCCAUCGGCAAAGAUGUCCCUUAUGCUGCCAUGGGGGGGCUGACAGGGUUCAGCUCCUUGUUGGAUGGGUAUCUCGCUUUGGAAGCCAGCGGCUCAGAUCGGGACGGAGAAGAUGGCUGCCAGCGGGGAUGCCCUGCUGCAAGGAUCAAAGAAACGUCUACCAAAGCAUCCGGCUCUAUUUCCUGUAAGAGAGGGACCGAUAAACUGUGAAAUGCAACAUUCUUCUCAGAGUCCAUCCGUCAAACCGUCCAUUCAAAUACUGGAGAAUAUUUACCAUAACAAAUAAAUCAUGAUUAAUCUUAUCCUCAGUUUAAGAACAUUUUUCACAGCUAAACAAUUUUCUUUUGCUGAGAAGUUUCUGUCUUUGUCAGUGUCGGGGGGCAUAACCGCAGUGAUUAAAUCCCAUAUUACAACUAAACAAUUAACUGACGAU